GAAGGUGCUUAUGUAACGUAGGUAUAACAUUAUGGACAUAGCGAACGUUAUAAUGUGCAACACGACAACAGUGUGUCGAUGUUCCAGACUGCCUCCGUGCCUUGUGACCCAUGGCCAAUCACAUCAAUCUCUUCGAUAAAUCCCGCAGGUGUGAUUCCUUUAUCAACCUUCUCCAGCUCAUCGGCACCCCACAGAAGUCGGGGAUAGUACCUUACCUUACCAACUUCUCCGAAAAUAUGAAUUGUGGGCCGAAGAAGGGGAACCCGAUACUGUGCCGAACUAGUCAAGAACUAACAGCAGUAUUACGGCGUUGCAGAUUCUAGAACCAUGUUAUCAGACUGCGAUCAGACUGGCAUGGCUUUCAUGAACGGCAAAUCUCAGGCCUCACACUCCACCCAUCAUGUCACUGUCCCAAGUAUGUGGAAUCGGAAUCCUCUCGAUUGCUCUAUGGAAGAUAUUUGGAAGGCUAUCGAGAAAACCCAAAAUUGAUCUUGAUGGUCCCAAGAAUGACCGCUGGCUGACAGGCAACAUGCCGAAGGUGUUUCAAGAAGGCCUUGACUACUGUCUAGGACUGGCUGAAAAUUACGGUGGAGCAGUCAAAUUACAAAGUGUAUUUGGAGAAGCCCUGUAUAUAUCUGAUCCACUGGCGUUGUAUCAUGUUGUGGUGAAAGACCAACAUAUCUUUGAGGCAGCCGAUGUCUUCAUCAUGAACAACAAGGUAAUCUUCGGAGACGGUCUAAUAGCCACUGUCGGAGAGCAGCAUCGGAGGCAACGCAAGCUACUUAACCCUGUCUUCUCGACUUCCAAUAUGCGAGAAUUACUACCCACAUUGCAGCUCCUUGCACAUAAGCUAACCUCUAUCCUCGUAACUAAGCUUCCGGAUGAUGGGUCAUGCACAGAGAUCGAUGUACUGCCUUGGCUAUCUCGCAGUGCCCUUGAUAGCGUCUGCCAGGCGAUCCUUGGUCAUCCAAGCAAUACUCUAGAGGCUGUAGAAAACGACGAGUAUACUGAAGCACUCCGGAUGAUAAGCCCCAUGGUAUCAAAGCUCAUGCAGCUGCGGCCAUUCGUGCCAAUGGUUAUGCACAACUUCUCACCAUACUGGACAAGGAAGCUUGUGGAUUGGAUCACGGCGCCUUGGAUACCCACCCAAAUGAUGAAUGAUGUGCGAAAUAUGCGACGAAUCGUUGAACUUAUGGACAACGGUAGCAAGAAAGCCUUCGCAGAGAAAAAGGCAGCACUGGAGACUUCAACUACUUUAUCUCCUGCUGAUACCAAUCCUGAAGUCGGUGAUCUCGAGCCAGGUCGGGGGAAAGAUAUGAUGAACAUCAUGCUCAAGGCAAACUCUGCGUCUUCUAGUUCAGAGCAGCUCACCGAUGCUGAGCUGUUGGGACAAAUGAACGUCAUGGUAUUCGCUGGCUUAGAUUCGACCACCUCUGCUCUGUCUCAUUGCGUUUACUUGCUCGCCAAGAAUCCACUGGCCCAAGCUCGAUUGAGAAGCGAAAUCCGUGAUGCUAUCGGGAGUGUGUCUCUCACACAGGACGGUUCUUCGUUUUUCGAGCAAGAAAAUCCACUUCUUAAUCUGUCCUAUGAUGCGCUGACGAAUCUUCCAUUCCUUGACGGAGUUGUCAGAGAGACAUUGAGGCUUUAUCCUUCUUUUCCACACAUGCCCCGACAAGUGAGGAAGGCAACUACGCUUCCACUUCAAUUCCCGGUUCGCUCGUCAUCCGGAGCCGAAGUAUCCGCUAUUGCAGUGCCUGAGAAAUCAUUUGUCAUCAUCUCAAUUUUGGCUGCAAACCGCAAUCGAAAGAUAUGGGGUGAUGAUGCGAAUGAAUGGAAACCUGAGCGAUGGCUUUCUUCUUCGGGGAGAAAAGAUGCUCCAGGGACGGAUGAUCCCUUCGAUGGUGCCGAGGUGCUGCCAUCGAAGCCAUCCAUCGGGGUCAAAGACGGCAUCAGGUAUCCUGGUGUUUACUCCAACAUGAUGACUUUCCUCGGCGGUAGUCGUUCCUGCAUCGGGUUCAAGUUUGCCGAAAUGGAAAUGAAGGAAAUCCUCGCGGCGCUUAUGCUUCGUAUGCAUUUUGAGCUGCCAACUGAUCAGGAUGCCAACGGACAUACCAAAGAAAUUCAGUGGAAGUUGGAGGCAUUCUUCACACCUGUCGUGAAGACACCAGCUGGAGAUGGGGUCACGCCGCAGGUCCCACUGAAUGUUCGACUGGUGCGAGAGGAAGACUUUACAUGGUAGGAGUAUGCUGGGAAUCGUGGUGUAAAUUAUGUCUCACAAAGAUAACCGUGUGUGGUUAGUGGUUGGUUUCACUCUACCGUGAGGCGGUCGAUAUGAAGAUCGAAUUGAAACGCGAGUAUGUAACACAUAGUUAUCAAACCUUCCUCGCAAUUGCGGAGAUGAUUGAGGUUGAGGUCAACAAACGCACCGAGGUUGUCCAUCAACUUGACUACUAUCAAUGGUGAUGAUGUUCGCACGUAUAUCGCCUCCUAUUAGGUUCCGUGCUUUGGACACCCGUAAUCCUCGAAUCAUGCAACUCUCCGCAGCUGAACUCCAG